AUGUCGGAUCCAGUAUCAAAUAACACAGAAGCUGUUACAUUUGCGGUAACUGAUGAACAAGGGAAGAUGGUUCUUCUGCUCAUAUUCAUUCAAGCUACAGCAUCAUUGAUUGCAACUGCCUUCGGAAUUUCAAUAUUUUUUUCUAUAAGAUAUAAAUACCCCCGAUUAGUCAACAGAGUUACGUUUCGACUUGCUCUUGCUACAAUGAUCUCAGACUUUGGUGGUAGU